AUGGUCAUGGGGAAAGAAGUGGAAAAAGCACAAAUAGAGAGAAGUUCUACAAGAGGGGCGCGUAGAGCAGAAUUAAAUGAAAUGGAACGGGCAGGAGGAGCGCGUGCAACAAAAUUAAUGGAAAUACAAGUGGAAGGAGGAACGCAUGUAGAACAUUCCGUUCCCACAGAAUCUCCUUUAGAAACAGAAUCAUCUGUAGUUAGUAGUUCUCCCGAAGAUGCAGAUAGUUCCUCUAUUUCUACAACAUCUAAAUACAUCGCUAAUGUUGCCUCAGUUACUGGAAUCGUAAUACCUUCUUAUCUAGUGUACAAUUUUACGCCUGCUGGGACAUGGAUAAACAGAUUAUUUGGAAGGACACCAAAAAUGAAUCAUAAUACAUUAGCAGAUAUGGAAUUAAUAAAUAAUUUUUCACAGACUGGACCUUUCAAUUCAGAAAGAAGCAGAUUUGAUAUAUCAUAUCGUCCUGUAUAA